AUGAAUUUCGGUGGCGCGGAAUACGAACGAGCGUACCUGAGGGCGGGCGGUAAAGCUAACAACGCGGCGACACAGCGCGCCGCUCCGCGCGUACUGAGGCCCGAGCCGCCCGGCGGCGAGCCGCGCCCGCCAUUUUCGCGGGUGUUGCCACCCCAACGCGCGCAGUACCCGACCGCCAUAAAUAAGCCCGCCUCAUCG